AACUUUAUAUAGACCUUAGUAAUGUGGUUGUGGGGUGUGGGGGAAGGAGAAGUGUUCCAUAGUGCUAUGAUUAUGUCUCAGUGUUUUAGUGUUUUAGAUUUCAGGUGUGGAAUAUGAGGUCACAUUUGGGGCUUACAGUUUUGAGGAAGACUAUUGACAGCUGACUUCUGCCUUUCUCAUAGCCCUUGUGAUAGGAGCUAUUUCUUGGUUGGCUACUAUGGCUGAGUGUUUCACUACAUCUGGAUUGAUGCCUUAGUUUUCUUAAGUUUAUUUCCUUUUCUUAAAGUUUAUUUAUUUAUUUUGAGACAGAGAGUGUGAAGGAGGGACAGAGAGGGAGAGAGAAAGAGAGAGUCCAUCCCAAGCAGGCUUCACACUGCCAGUGCAGAGCCCAACAUGAGGCUUGAAUUCACAAACCACGAGAUCAUGACCUGAGCCGAAACCAAAGUCGCUUAACUGACCGAGCUACCCAGCCGCUUCUUAAGUUUAUUUCCUUUUGCCUCAGAGUAGCUGUUCUCCCCAGGUCUGACUUCUUAAAACUAACCCUCUUAGUCCCAUUCCCCUUAGCUUCUGCCCUUCAGACCAUACAUUACUAUAAGGUAGCCUUUGAGUUUGCCCAUACUUACCAGUGCCAUAGUUAAAUCUUCAUGAUCAUGCACAGAGUACUUUAGCAUCCUAGCUUGACAUUCUGAUCAUCAUAUAUGAUAUAUGUAGACAUAGCUAAUUACCUACUUUACCCAAGUCUUGCCAGAGCUGGAAGGAGUCAUCCUGGAAAUCUUUAUCUUCCUGACCUGAGUGAUAUGUUUGGUUUCCUCUUUGGUAUCCAGAGAUUGCUGCAUAACCCUUCUGAAUAUAAAAUCCCUUUUAUCACUGUUACUCCUGUGCUAGGGCAGACAAUCAUCAUGGAGACUGAACUGGGGAUUCAGGAUAUUUUUGCAGCUGAGUAGAGAGGACCAUAAUGGAACUUUUGAGUCUGGCAAUUUUAUCCUUUUUCUAAGCUCUCUCCAAGUUGCUGAGUUUCCCUCAACCCUGAAUCAAGACUGUGAAUUAUGCAUCCUCAAAAACAGCCCAGAGAUCAGAACAGCAUCCCUGUACCAGACAUAUUUUACUGAUUGUUUAUGCAUCUUGGGUUUGACACCUGAACUCUGACACUGACGGUUUGAUUUCUAUUUCUCCCUCUCCUAGUAAGUCAUCAUUGUGAACCCACUGUUUCUGUGAUCUCCCAUAAUCUCUGUGUCCUUGCAUCUCCCUUUUACCACUAUCAUAAAGUCCAUGCCACUACAGAGGAGAUUAAGGAAACAGGGACAGGCCACAGCCCGCAGAGGGAUGUCAGCCCUCCCUGUCUGCAGUGACAGAGACAGUGGCAGAAGUGACCAGAUGUGACCACAGGAGUCCCUCAAUUCUGACACACACCUGGGAUUCGGUUAUACCCACCUUCUGGCAGAGAGAUUCAGCUGGGUUCCUUCUGCUGUGAAGCACCCAGGAUAUCACUUUAGGUGAGGAGCAUUGAAGCCCAAUCAGCUCAUCCCUCAUAGAUACCCACCAUAGUAUGCCAAUAACCACUGUCUCUCCAGUUUUUGUCUGUUUUGCCAAGUUCCUGUGAUUCCUGGUUGUUUUACAUAUUCAUCUAUUUAUUUGUAAUGUAAUCAUAGAGACAUUUAUUAAGCAAACAUUACUGAGUACCAGUUAGAUUCUGGCACUUCUGGAACUUGUCCUGGGACUGCUGCCCUAAGUAAGGCAUAGUCCCUGCUCCUCAAGGACUGACAUACUGAUGGGUUUUCCAGUGCAAGGGAGUUAAUGCCAUGACACAGCAGUGAAAUGAUUUGAUAGGAAAGAAAAAGAGAUAUGCCAUGCUGCCUUACAGAAUUUGGGUAUAGCUUCAUGGAUGAUAGGUUGCUUGGACUGAAUUUAUAUGAAUAAAUAGGAAUUUACAACUUCAUUUCUUUGCUAAUUGUCCUCUGCUUCCUGGUCAGAGAGCUAAAUAUAUUUUCACUUAGGUUCUUGGGAAUAAAGUUCAGUCUGCUUUUUCUCUAAGAAUCACUGGGGGAUCUCUUGUUGACCUCAGCAAUUAAUUUUUAAAAAACAGCCCUAGGCUGUCCCUCCAGAUUGACAAAUCACACAACAUAAAAAGGCAGAUUGUACUCAGGCACCUGUGGGUCUGCUUCUCUCCCUUACCCACUGUAUUUGGCUUUAUCCUCCACUGCUCUGCUGACACUGCUCCUAUCAAAAUGAUGGGUGGCCUUCCACAAGUGCACAGCUGUUCUCUGACUCCUCCAGUGAAAAAUGAGAUGUAGGCUAAAACCUGCAGUGGAAUGGGUGUAGUUAAGACAAAGACUUAAGUUUCUUACUAUGUAGAAUGUUAAGCACUGAAAUGUGAAUUUUUGUAAUUCACCUCUUCUGGAGGUCUGGAUAAAAAUAUGUUAGUUACUCUUACUUGGAUUUAUAAGUGGACUUGAAUCUGAAAAGAAAACAAAGACUGAGAGUUAAGUGCCCAUCUGGCAUUUCAGAAUUUGUAGCUGCCAUGUUCAAAAGUUUGGAACAAUACUGUAGUCCUCACUGGUUCAUAAGAAAGAUACACAGAGUGAUCUAUAGAUGAAUAAUCUGAAGGAGCUGAGUCUUUCAUAACUCUUUUUAUAUAUACAUAUACAUGUGAACCUUUCCUUUUCGUAGAAAAAUAUAAUUAUUUUUUAGACUGUGUCUGUCUUUUAAGACAAACAUAUAUGCAAACACAUCCAAUAUCAAGUUUUUAAUUUUAAUGCCCAAGAAGUGAGUCACACUGGGAAAGUUAAACAGAACACUUAUUUAAUUGGUACUACUUGCUAAUAUGGGGGUUUCAGAAACACUGAAUUACUUUGUGGUAAGAGAUAGAUAUAGCAGAAAUUUGAGAUAAAGAAACAGAUCCAUGUGGACAAGUAAAAAGGAAAGAGGUCACUGAUCUCAUAUUCAAUCAUCUUUUCUUAUAAAUGUUAAUAAUAAUGCUAACUAUAAUUGAUUUAAGAUAAUGUAUAUGAGUUAACCUUUGAAAACUUUGUAUACUAGUUUGAAAUGUGUGAUUUUACUUCAUGGAUUAAAUGGACUAAGGAUUUUAACCUCAGAAGUGACAAGAUGACAUCUGCAUGUUAGGAAAAACCCUCUGACUACAGAGUGUAGACUGGUUUGAAGGGUAUGAAAUCAAAGUCAAAGAGAUCUAAGGAAAUAUUCCAGGUGAUAAAAGUUACGAGCGUGCACUAGUCAGUGAUACUGGGGUUGAGAAGAAUGAGUGAAUAUUAAGGAGUUAAACAUUUAGUCAGCAGGAACUGUGAAAAGGUAAAAGGGAUGAGAGAUAAGAAUGAAUAAGGACCAUUUCAGGUUUCUGAAAGUAGAGUUAAUUCAGUCUUGAAUAUGUUGCAUGUGUGGUAUAAAUAUUUAGUAAGCAAAUGGAAAGUGAAUUUGCAUUUCAGAAAGGUAUUUGACUUAGAAACCUAGAUUUGGAAGAAAAUAAAGUAUAUAUGAUUAAAAUAUUGUAAAUCAUGAACUCAAUCAGAGAAAAUGUACAGAACUGGGAAGGGAGUAGAAGAUGAAGCCCUGGAAUCAAUAACAUAUAGUGGACAGAUAGAUGGAGAAGGUGUUGGGAUGGAGGACAUAGGAGGAACACAGUAGAGUGCUGUGUCGUGGAAACUAAGGGAAAAUACUUAAAAAAAAUAACAGAUUGAUUUAUUGUGUUCAGUAAUGGCAAGAGGUGAUGUAGAGGAUCCAUUCAAGUGGACAUUCCAAAUUAGAAGUCAUUGAAUGGUAGUUUAGACAUCUCUAAGCAGCAUGAUUACUCUUACCUGUAAAUGAAAGUAGACCUAUCUUAAUUCAGGCAUGUGGAUGUCUCACCUUAAAGACAUUAUCUCAAGAACAGAACAGGGGAUUCUCUGUAUCUCACUUUAUUCUUUUGUGUUUCACUUUCAGAUUCUCUCUUCUCAUGAAGGUGGUAGCCAGAGGUAGACACUGUGAUAACCCCCCAGCAAUGGAGAAAUCAUGAUUUUUGUUUCUUUUCUCUCUUCCUUCUCUAAGCCAUUGACGAUGGCCCUUAGUAAUUCCAGCUGGAGGCUACUGCAGCCUUCUUUUUUCCUGAUGGGCAUCCCCGGUUUAGAGGAAAGCCAGCACUGGAUAGCAAUGCCGCUGAGUGUCCUUUAUCUCUUUGCUGUAAUGGGCAACGUCACCAUCAUCUUUAUCAUCUGGACUGACCCAUCCUUGCACCAGCCUAUGUACCUCUUUCUGGCCAUGCUCUCUGGCAUUGACCUGGUGCUGGCGUCCUCCACUGCACCCAAAACCCUUGCAGUGCUCCUGGUUCAUGCCCAUGAGAUUGGGUACACUGUCUGCCUGACCCAAAUGUUCUUCAUCCAUGCGUUCUCUUCCAUGGAGUCAGGUGUACUUGUGGCCAUGGCUCUGGAUCGCUAUGUAGCCAUUUGUCACCCUCUGCACCAUUCCACCAUCUUGCAUCCAGGGAUCAUAGGGCGCAUUGGAAUGGCAGUGCUGGUACGGGGGUUACUCCUCCUCCUCCCCUUCCCUAUCCUGUUGCGGAGACUUAUCUUCUGCCAGGCCACCGUCAUAGGCCAUGCCUAUUGUGAACAUAUGGCUGUGGUGAAGCUUGCCUGCUCAGAAACCACAGUGAACCGAGCUUAUGGGUUGGCAGUGGCCCUGCUUGUGGUUGGGCUAGAUGUCGUGGCCAUCGGUAUUUCCUAUGCCUUCAUCCUCCAGACAGUGCUGAAAGUACCAGGGGGUGAGGCCCGACUUAAGGCCUUUAGCACAUGUGGGUCUCACAUUUGUGUCAUCCUGAUCUUCUAUGUUCCUGGAAUGUUCUCCUUCCUCACUCACCGCUUUGGCCACCAUGUACCCCAUCAUGUCCAUGUUCUUCUGGCCACACUCUACCUCCUCGUGCCACCUGCACUCAAUCCUCUUGUCUAUGGGGUGAAGACUCAGCAGAUCCGCCAGCGAGUACUCAGGGUAUUCUCCCUAAAAGGAUGGAUCUGAACACAUCCCAGUUAUUAUUUUCUGAGGCUCCUGUCAAAGGUACUGCCUGGAGUCCAUGGCUGGUCUAAGCUAUGUGGGUAGAGACCAUUGCACAGUGAGGGGUCCUUCCAGUCCUGCUAUCUCACGGCAGAGAACACCCCUGGGCACUUGGCUCCAUCACUGUUUGGACUCCCUGAAUAGCUGGAUUUUUUAUUAUUUUCUUUUCUUUUGCUUCUGAUUCUAACAUUUCUCUAUUCUUCUAUCAAGGGGACUUGAGAAGUGGAGAAAAGAUAUAUCUUUGGACAUGCCAUUUUUUUCUGCCUUCACCCAAUGAUUGUGGAACAUCAUUCAGUAAGGGAAUGGGAAGUCCCAGCCUCUUCUUUGUUUUAGUUUUAGAGUGUCUUCACACCCUCAAUGUUAUUGCUAUGAGCUCUAGGUCACUCAGCUUCCAUGUAGCAACAGAGUCUCUCUCUAACCAUUUGAUACUACCAAUAUGUCAGAAAACACCUUUUUAUUACAGUAUGACUCUUACUCACAUAUUUAAAUUAACCUAAGUGGGGAGACAUGGUAAUGGGUUCUUAGAAAAAUGAGAUACAAACGCUAUUUUCAAGAAAGAAAUGUAUAUUGUAGAGUGCAUUUCUUUUUGAAAAGGUCAGUAUUUUUAAUUUAUUCAUAUUUUUUAUUAGGGUAAAGAAGGAAUAAGACCAGUAUUGAAUGUAUGUAUGUUUUGUAAGUCUUAAUUUAACAAAGCUAAACACCCAUAUAUUAAUAUUAUUUAAUAACUACAAAUGUGCUAGAGUCUGAUACUGGUAAACAUAGCUUUAUUCAUACAUGUAGAUGUAGUUUUGGCACUUGAAAGAAUUUCUAUUUCUGAAAUGUGGAUAUGGAAUGAUGUCAGUUAGACCCCUGUCCCCACUUUUUUGGUAACAGGAACUGGGUAAAACUUAUAAGAAGAUUGUUACAAUUGGUGUAUUGCAUCCUGUUUGUUGGAUGUUGCCCUAAAAUCUGGCUUAACUCUUUUGUGUUCCUAAAAGGGAGCACAUUUUGUUCUGUUCUGGAGGAAGCAAGUCACUGCUGCUUUGAGGUAGGAUGCUCUGGUGUUGAGAGGGCUCUAUCAAUGGACUCCAUAGUGGUCAAAAGGGGGGAAUGGAUGAGUUAGUGUUCCAGUUUCUCCUUUCUUGGUAAAUUUCACUCCUAAUAGUUUUCAGGUACAGAGACUUGAGUAUGAAGUCUUCAGUUUGGUGCACGCUCAUGGGUGAAUUAGGGAGGAAUUGUAUGAGUUCUUAUUGUAGGAACAAUUACACGUUCUCAUCACGUUGGUUGUAGGCGCAGGACUUGAUCUCUGGUGAGUUGUCCUGAGGAAGCCCAGGCUGUGGUGUAUGUUGUAUCCCAUUCACUAGAAAACAACUAUGUUGGCUCUAGCGGUACUUUGUUUAGGUACUUUGUUUACUUUGUUUUAUUCAAAGUAGCUGUUUGUUCUCUCAUCCCAUUUACACUAUUUGUGGAUUUUUGGGAUGUGGGUAUGAUGGUGGGAUCUGAAGAGCUUCUUGGAUCACAAGAUGGAAAAAUGUACUGAAGAUGGCAGAACAACACUGUAGAAGAGCCUGUGUUCCCGACGCUGUCUGGGCCACCAACUCUGACUUAAACCUGAGAUAGAAACUUGUAUCUGGGUUAAACCCCACUAUAUUUUGGAGAAUCUUUUUGGUGCUGACUAACCUAUAGGCUAAAAAGUAGAUUUUUUUUUAAAUCUCAGAUCAUCUAAAUGGGGUAUGUAUGAUGCUUGAAGGAUGUCUUUUAGAAUUUCCUUUUGAAAGAUUUUAAACCUUUUUUUGGCCUAAAUAUCUGCUUGUUUGCUGUCAUUGAAGUUUACUAUCAGAAAAUAUUCAUAUCAUAUCUUAUUGUUUUAUUUUCUACUGUGGUUAUAGUAUAUCCCCUAUUUUAUCCCUAGCAGUGUUUAUUUGUGCCUUCACUAAUUUCCUUGCUCACCUGUGCCAAACAUUUAUCGAUAUUAUGAAAAUAUUUAAAUGUUUAGACUCAUAGCCAUUCAACUUAAUGUUAGCACUGGCUUUUUGGAUUUAGCUUUCUUGUCACGUAUUGUGCAGAAAAGACUGUACUGACGUAGCUGCCCUGGCAAUACAAGAACAAUUCCCUCAUCAGUUCACUAAAGGUUUGCUUUCAAUUUCUAAAAUUUCAAUUUAUCAGUUCGAUUGAUUCCAAGCUUGUGUUAUUUCUUGAAUCUCUUAAUAAGUACAAUUCUCAGGUGUGUAUCAAGCUGUAACCCAUUCCUUUUCCUAACUCAUAAGUCUACUCUCCACACAUACAUACCUACACUGGUUUGCAGAUUUCUUCAUUCUGGUGUUUAUAAAGUUAAUACAAUCUGACUUAUAAGUUCCAGAAAUAUUUGAAAGUGUAUGAUCCAACCCUAGAACAAUUCCUCAAAUUCUAGUAAUUUUAUUGAAUUACUCUUACUUUUGUGUCUUUUUAGUCAUUAGAUUUCAAACUACAUCACAGAGCUAUAGUAAUCAAACAAUAUGGUAUUGGCAUAAAAACUGACACAUAGAUCAGUGGAACAGAUCAGAGUUCCUAGAAAUAAACUCAUGCAUAUAUGUAUAAUUUAAUUACAAUAAAGUAGUCACAAAUAUGCAAUGGUAGAAGGAUAAUGUCUUCAAUAUAUAAUGUUGGGAGCACUGGAUAUUCCCAUGUGGGAGAAUGAAACUGGAUCCCUAUCUUACACCAUACACAAUAGUCAACUCAAUAUGGAUUAAAGACCAUUUAGAUCUGAAUGUAAAACCUGAAACCAUAAAACUCCCAGAAGGAGACAUAGGGGGUAAACUUUUUGACAUCAGUCUUCAUAAAGAAUUUUUGGAUUUGACACCUUAAGAAAAAGCAUCCAAGGCCAAAAUAAACAAGUAGUAGAACAUUAGACUAACUAAAAAUCUUCUGUAUAGCAAGAAAGCCAUCAACAAAAUGAAAGGACAAUCUAUAGAAUUAUAGAAAAUAUUUGCAAAUCAUAUAUCUGAUGAUGGGUUAAUAUCCAAAUUAUAUGAAGAUCUUAUAUGACUUAAUAGCAAAAAACCAAACAGUCCAAUUGUAAGUGGGCAGAGGUGCUGAAUAGACAUUUUUCCAAAAAAGUUAUACAAAUGUCCAACACGUACAUGAAAAGGAGCUCAGCAUCGCUGAUCAUCAGGGAAAUGCAAAUCAAAACCACGAUGAGCUAUCACCUCGUAUCUAUUAAAAUGGCUAUCAUCAAGAAGACAAGAGAUAACAAGUGUUGACAAGGAUGUGGAGAAAAGAAACUCUUGUGGACUGUUAGUGGGAAUGUAAAUUGGUGCAGCUACUGUGGAAAGCAACAUAGAGGUUCCUCAAAACAAUAAAAGUAGAACUGUCAUAUAAUUCAGCAAUCCCACUUCUAGGUAUAUUCAAAGGAAGUGAAAUCACUAUCUCAAAGAGAUAUCUGCAUCCUUAGGUUACAUGUGCAGCAUAUUUUAUAAUAGCCAAGAAAUGGAAAUAGCCUAAUUGUUCCUCAACAGAUGAAUAAAUAACAAAAAUGUGAGAUAUAUAGUGUUAUAUAUGUGUGUGUAUGUGUGUGUAUGUGUGUGUGUGUGCGUGUGUGAGACAUGGUAUAUUACUGUAGUACAUAUAUUGUGGUAUACACAUAUAUGCAUAUAUAUUGUGAUGUAUGUAUAUAUUGUGAAUGAAUAACAAAAAUGUGAUAUAUAUACAUAGUUGUAUAUAUACCCACACAAUAGAGUAAUAUUCAGCCAUAAAAAAGGAAAUCAGUCAUUUCCAACAACAUGGGUGGAACUUGAGGGCAUUAUGCAAAGUGAAAUAUGUCAGUGAAAGACAAAUACUGUAUGUAAAAUCUGAAAAAAAACAAAACUCAGAAACGAGAACAAAUUGGUGAUUUCCACAGGUAGGAUUUGGGAGUGGGUAUAAAAAAGUAUGAUAACUUUGAGGGGAGGGGGGAGUAAAUCAUGUUGUCAGUCCAAUAUCUUGAAUCAGAACUAUUAUAAUUUCAGUGUAAUUUUGUAACAUUACUUGUGUUGUAUAUAUCCCAUGUUAGACUAGACUCCAAUUUACUUUUCAACUCCAGGGUCUGACCUACUCCUCAGCAUAACAAACAUCCUCAAUAAUUAUUUGUGAUACUAGAUUCAACCAGUGCACAAACUUCACACAGUGAAUUUUUUUUCCUUUUAUUAAUUUUUUAUGUGAUUUUCUGUUUAGGACUAGUGGGACAGAUUUUCCAUCCAAGAAUUAGCUGCUCCUCACCUGAGAGAAACAGAGUGCCUCCCUGAGAGGAGAAAGCUCAGGAGUGCUGUUGAAGAUGGAAAAUGCAGAUUUCUCACUGUUUAUCCCCUCUGCAUUCCUAGCAGUGGAGAAUGCCCACAAGGAAUUAAAGAGGAAUUAAAGUGAGAAUAGUUAGGACCUAAUAAAUGUCAUAUGCUUGGCUCUCUGGUAAGUCAUGAUUAGAAAAUGAAGGUGAGAUCUGAGGACAAAAAGGAGGCCAUCAAUUUCAUUCCCUAAAUUUUAGGUCCUAACACUCCAACCACUCCCUCCCUUUGCUCAGAUAUGGUGAGAUUUUAUUGGAAAAUUUGGUUCCAAUGCAAAUACCCAGUAAUUUACAAGGAGGAUUGUAUACUCUCCAUAAAUUGGAUGAAGCCAUAGCGGAAUGUAAAAUGCAAAAAGAAUGGUUGCUUUCAGAAUUCUGUCCAUGAAAGACAUCAUAAGCUCUAUCCAGGUGAAUUUAUGAUACUUGGAUACAAAACAAAAGAGAGUCCACUGCUGUACUUAAAGAUCCUCCAGGUUGGCAGUAAAACAGACAGAACAUAUUUCCUAUGUUUGAGAUGCAUGAACUCCACACACUGCUCCCAACCAUUCCUGUCCAAUUGUAUUGGUGAUCCUUCUUCUCAUAUGGAAAAGAAAACAAGGGAGAGGAGAGGGGGAAAGAUAGAGCAGGAACUUUCACUCCUAUUACUUCCGACUUGUGAUGUGAGGAAGAAAAGCCUUGCUCUGGAAGUGGAGUGGAGGAAAUAAAGUUCUUCCCCAAUAGGCAGUAGAUGACUCUUCAUGUUCUUUGGGUGAGGUUGAAAAUGUUACAUGGGGGAUGGGAAAUGUGAGGAGGUAGAGGACACUUUCUUGGCACUGGGUCAUAAAUUAUGUCUGAAUAAAUUUUGAAAGAAUAAAAAACUUACACAGUAUAUUCUCUUACCAACAUGUAAUUAUAUUAGAAAACAAUAAUAAUAAGAUGUCAUGAAAAACCCCAAACACAUAGACAUUUUUUUAUAUUUACAUUCAUGAUUUAUAUUAAAUAUAAUUUAUUGUCAAAUUGGUUUCCAUACAACAUCCAGUGCUCAUCCCAACAGGUUCCCUCAUCAAUGCCCAUCACCCGCUUUCCCCUUUCCCCCAGCCCCCCAUCAACCCUCAGCUUGUUCUCAGUAUUUGAGUAUCUUAUGGUUUGCCUCCUUCCCUCUCUGUAAAUUUUUUCCCCCUUCCCCUCCUCCAUGGACUUCUGUUAAGUUUCUCAGGAUCCACAUGUGAGUGAAAACAUAUCUUUCUCUGCCUGACUUAUUUCUCUUAUCAUAAUACUCUCCAGUUCCAUCCACGUUGCUACAAAUGGCCAGAUUUCAUUCUUUCUCAUUGCCAAGUAGUAUUCCAUUGUAUGUAUAAACCAUAUCUUUAUCCAUUUGUAAGUUGAUGGGCAUUUAGGCUCUUUCCAUAAUUUGGCUAUUGUUGAAAGUGCUGCUAUAAACAUUGGUGUACAAGUGCCCCUAUGCAUCAGCACUCCUGUAUCCCUUGGAUAAAUUCCUAGCACAAACGCUUAGAAAUUAAAUAACAUAUAUCUAAAUAAUUCAUGGCUCAAAUAAGAAAUUAUAGAGAAUGUUAGAAAAUAUUUCAAACUAACUGAUAAUGACAUAUAAUAAAAUUGUGGGAAUGCAGGUAAAGAGAAUAUGGAGGAAAAAUUAUGUUUUUAAAUGCUUAUAUUAGAAAAUAAAGACAGUAUCAAUUAUCUAAGGUGACAAGAAUUUAGAAAAAGGAAAAUAAAUUAAGCCUAAGGUAAAAAAAAAGAGUAAGUAAUUAGUUAAGAUUAAGAUAGGAUCAGGGUGCCCGGAUGGCUCAGUUGGUUGAGCAUCUGACUCUUUAUCUUGGGUUGGGUCAUGAUCUUGUGGUUCUUGGGAUCCAGCGCCCCAGUGGUCUCUGCACUGACAGUGUGGAGCCUGCUUGGGAUUCUUUAUCUCCCCCUCUCUCUCUGUCCUUCCUUCAUUCACAUGCGUGUGUGUGUACACACACUCUCAAAAUAAAUAAACUUAAAAAAUUAAAAAAUAUAAAAAAUAAAAGUUGGAUCAAUAAAAUUGAAAACAGAAAUAAAGAAAAUCAAGGAAUUUUAAAGUCAAUUUUUUGCAAAGAUCAAUCAAAUCGAUAAAGCCCUAAUAACACUUAUCAAAGAAAAACAGAAAGGGAGAUGAUAUCAAGAUGGAAACAGAAGUUGCUCGACUUUAAUCCCGUUCACAAGAAGACCAACUAGCAGCUAUCAUAGAUAAGACACCAUUAAUCCCAUAACCCAAGGCAUCCUCCUGGACCACAGAGACCCAGAAAGACUGCAUUAGAAGAGUAAGAGUAGAGGUUUCACUUUGCCUGCUUUGCCUCUCUCCCAGGGCAGCACAGCACUGCUCUGAGAAAGCCUAUCCAGUUCCUCUAGUGGGAAAGGAGAGCCCAGUGUGGACAUCCAGCUCCAUCAACUUUGCAGGAUGCUUUCUGGGAGGUCCACUCAGGUCUUGUCUCGUAAGGAUCAUGAGUUAAUCUGCAUGGCUUGAUCACUGGGCAUCAGACAGGGAUGGAAAAGGGGGCAGAGUUUUCUGGCAACCAGUGCUCAGAUGCUGGAGGACAGCCUUCCUGCUGUAAUGGAACCUGAGUAGAUAUCUCAGGCAGUGGUCAGUCCACCUGCAAAGCUGAGCUCAUGGCUCAGCUCCAUCUCGCAGUGAGCUCAGUUGGCAGUUCUUCCUGAUUUAGGACCCCAACCAAUAGGCAUUACCAGUCUUGGAGUCUAUUCUAUGACCCCAUCCAGACAGGGAAGCAAAUCCAUAGCCCCACUGACUGUUGAGUAUAGGUUCCAGUGCAUGACCAGGAAGUCUUGUCCUGGUUAAAUGAUAAAAAAAAAAAAAAAAAAAAAAAAAAGAUUUUAAAAAGAAUGAUAAAAUGAUAAGGUGAUUAAAAAAUGAUUAAAAAAAAACCACUUUAAACAAACAGAAAGCCAGGAGACCUGUGAAACUGUUGAGUAUAGCCUCUGACCUGCAUAACCUAACAGUGACCCUGGGCCUAGUCUAGCCUUGGAGCCUAGCCUAUUGUCUCCCUUAGCCUAUGACCCUGACUGAUUAUUGAGCAUAUCCUGUGGCCUUGCCCAAGCAGGGAGCCCAGCCAGUAACUCUGCCCAGUUGAGGAGCAGGUUGAAGAGUUGAAGCAGUUGAAGAUUUAGGUAGUCUGUGGGCUACCUAACCGGAAAGUCUGGACAAUGGAUCCGCCCAAUCACAAUAGUAAGCCUUGCCUGGCCACUGUUGCUACCAGCUGAUCUGUCCUGUACACAAAGCUAAGCUGAUUGGUAUAGGUCUUACCCUUCUGAAGCAAACCUGUAGAGUAUGGAAAGGACAUUGCUUACUCCAAUGCACAGAUAGCAAUGCAAGGAUACUAGGAUCCCAAAGAAAUCUAAUAAAGCUCCAAUAACUGACCCUAAGAAAAUGGUGAUCUUACACUAUGAACUGUUUGACAAAGUAUUCAGAACAAUCCUUUUAAAGAAGUUCAGUGAACUACAAGAACACAUAGACAUACAACCAAACAAUUAGAUUAACAGUGCAUUAACAAAAUGAGAAUAUUAGUAAAGAAACAGAAAUGAUUAAAAAAAAAAAACCUAAACAGAAAUCUUUACAUUCCUUCCUUUUUCUUUAUCUUUGGUAAAGGAGAAAAAAAAAUCACACAAUGAAUCUGAGCGGUUUUACAUUAAUUUAAUCAUCAUAAACCCCAAAAGAUAUUCAGUAAUGUUUGUGACUGGAGUAAUUGCCUGCUCAGAAAAGUGGUUCUAAAUACACUAGAGAGGUAGAAAGGGGUCAGAUUAUGUAUGACCUUGAUUUCACUAAUUAGGUAAAAAUGUGUUGAUUCUACUACAUUCUAAACACGGUAUGAGACACCACAUUAGUGGGGAAGAAAACUGACAUGGAUCUAGCCACCCAGUUAAUGUUUAGUGUUGAGUAGCCCGUAUUAAGAAAGCUAGUUUCAUUUUAUAGGCAAUGGGAAACUACUGAUAUAAUGUAAUGUGAUUACUGUAAAGGAAUCUUGAUAAAGGCAAUGACCUUGACUACUUUGUUCACAUUUUUAUCCCUGUGACUAUCUUAGUGCUGGCCAUAUGGUUGAUAAUAAGUAAAUAUUUAGUGAAUGACUGAGAUUUGCAUAGUGUAAAUUAGUUUCCCAAAUCCAUGCAGACACUAAACAGCAGAGUUGAAUUCAGGAUAAUAUAAAAAACAGGAAGUAGUAUAGUUUCAUUAAGAAACUCUGGAAAAGCUCAAUAUAACAUUUCAGGAUAUUGAAAGUGUUAUAAUGUUUAAGAGGAUGGCCUAUGAAAUUGAGCAGAUUGAUAUAGAUUUGAAUUUCAAGUCGGUUUCAAAUCCUGUCCCUCACAUCACAACUACUGGCACCCAGUAGCACCAUAAGUUAAAGUGAGAUGAAGGUUCCUAUGAGAUCCAGCUCAUCAGCCCCAUGGUCCCAGUAACCCAAACUAAGACUGUUCUCAGAUGAUUUGGAAAAGGAGGUGGAACAACGUGAGGAACUGACUGCAGAUCAUAAAACCUUCUAGAUUUUUUCAUCAGAGCCAAGGAAGGAGCUCUGGUUCUGGUUACUGGAUACAGGCAGUUGACUCCUUAAGUAGGACUCAAUCUGUUGUGUCACUGGUAAGUUUCAGGGUUAAGGGAGGAAAGCCCAUGUCGUGCUAGGCCCACAGAGGCUGAGUCACAAGAAGAGUGAGAACAGAGGACUUUUUCCUCAUU